AGUUGUUCCGGUAUAUACUAUUAUUGGGCAUAAUUUUUCGUUUCUUACAAUAUGGAUAGCAAUUUGGUUAAAAAAAGUGGCAGGGGAGAGAAGAUGCUGUCAAUGAUUGGAAUAAGGCUAGAAAAAAUCGGGCAACCAGGGCAAGACCCACAUUGUCAUUGGAAAGUUAGCAGUCUCAGUGGAAUCUCGAACCCCCAAUUAGACAUUAACAAGUCCGAUUGUGAUGUUUUUGCUGAUAACGGAUCAAUUAUAGAUCAUGAUAAACCAGCUUCUAGCAGCAUGAUGGAAGGUGAAGAUGGCGUAUGUAACAAAGAAAACGACGCUAACGACGAUAUGGACAAUAUUAGCCAGAUUGACAACGACGACAAUGUGGAUAUUACAGCACAACCAGCUUCUAGCAGCAUGAUGGAAGGUGAAGAUGGCGUAUGUAACAAAGAAAACGACGAUAUGGACAAUAUUAGCCAGAUUGACAACGACGACAAUGUGGAUAUUACAGCACAACCAGCUUCUAGCAGCAUGUUGGAAGGUGAAGAUGGCGUAUGUAACAAAGAAAACGACGAUAUGGACAAUAUUAGCCAGAUUGACAACGACGACAAUGUGGAUAUUACAGCACAAUGUUCUACAACUAAUGAUAACGCCAAGCCGAAUGACAGGAAUGAAGAACCUCUAUCAAGACGUUAUUCUUGGGAUGAGGAAGAACCCUUUUCAUCAGAUGACUCAGUCCAAGAUCCGAAUUAUGACAACGGCUCAGUCCGAGAUCCGAAUUCUGACAACGACUCAUCUUCAUCAUCAUCAAGUUCAGACUCAUCUGUUGACGAUAAUGAAGGUGGAACGGCCAAUCCCGUGAAUCUGCCAGUCGAGGCCGAGGUCGAGGCUGAAACUACAAAAAAAAGAACGAGAAAAAGAAAAGCAGUCCCAUCCCAAUGGAAAAAGUUCACUACCAAGCGUCUAAGAAAUACUGGAAAAUCAUACCAAACUUUGGGAAAGGGAUUAAUAGUUCCAGAACGACGAAUGAAACCACCGUGUGAUGCUUCUAAGUGCAAACAGAAAUGCAGUACCAAAUUCACAGAAGAAGAAAGAUUAGCCCAAUUCAAAAAAUACUGGGACAUGGGUGAUAUCGUAAAACAACGUACCUAUAUUUUAUCGCUUAUUCAAGAAGUUAAUCCUGCAUACAGAUACCCACGUAAUGCCGUUGGCAGAACUACAAACCACGCAUUUUUUUUUCCAAAAGAUGACAAGAAAUUGAGAGUUUGUAAGUAUUUUUUCAUAGCUACACUAGGCAUUACUGGGCGCUGUAUCCGAACAAUAAAGAUGAAAAUUAAAGAUUCUACUAUAGCCGAAGAUAACAGAGGAAAACAUUUCAACCAUAAAGAAGUUCCGAAGGAUAUUAAAGACGGUGUUCGCUCCCACAUUGCGUCAAUCCCAACUAUUGAGAGCCAUUAUACACGAGCACAUUCCGAAAAACUUUACAUAGACGGAAGUAAGACAAUUGCUCAGCUACAUCGUGAUUAUAAAGAAGAAUGCACUAAUCAGGAAAAACCUUUUGCUAAUCUCACUAUGUAUAGAAACAUCUUCAACCACGAGUUCAAUAUAGCCUUUUUUAUUCCUAAAAAGGACCAGUGCCAAGCCUGCGUAUCCUAUGAAAAUUCAACAGAAGAAGAAAAGAAAAGGUUAGAGGAGGAACAUAACGCUCACAUCGAGGAGAAAAUUUUAAGCAGAGAAGAAAAGGAAAACGACAAAAAGAGUACUUCUUCUUCAUAUCAAGUAGCGUGUUUUGAUCUGCAAGCCUCUCUACCAACACCAAAUGGACAAGUAUCCUCUUUCUAUUAUAGGUCAAAACUGUCUACCUACAAUUUUACUGUGUCGGAUCUUACAUCAAAGGGGCAAGGAUUAGUAAAUUGUUACAUGUGGCACGAAGGUCAGGGUAAGAGAGGAGCAGUUGAAAUAGGCACUUGCCUAUUGCAUUAUUUAAAGGAAAAGGCUGCUGUGUGUAAUACUGAAGAUCUCGAAAUAGUAUUCUAUUCCGAUAAUUGCACAGGCCAACAGAAAAACAAAUUCAUCAUCACAGCUUACCUUUAUGCCGUGGCUAAUUAUAAAAUCAAAGCAAUCACUCAUAAAUACCUUAUUACUGGACACACCCAAAAUGAAGGCGAUAAUGUCCAUUCCUUAAUUGAAAAAAGCGUCAAGAGAGCUCUUAAAUCUGGCCCUAUUUACACGCCGUCUCAGUAUGCAGCUAUAGUACAAACAUCCAAAAAAACCGGCAAGCCUUUCAACGUAAUAGAGAUGUCUCACGAAGAUUUUCAUGACUUAAAGCAUUUAACUGAAAAGACUACCAUAAAUUUUCAAAAAAAUACACUGGGUGAAACUUUCAAAAUUGCUGAUGCUUCGAUAAUUAGGGUGGAGAAAAAUCACUUAGACUCGUUUUUCUACAAAACGUCUUUCAAAAAUACAGAUUUUAAGCAAGUCCAAGUAGUGAUUCAUGCAAGACGUUCAAGAGCACCCCUCUCUACUUUUCCAGAGUUUGAACUGAAAAAAGCUUACGAUAGUCCUAUACCUAUUGCUAAGAAAAAAUAUGAUGACCUUAUGUUUUUGUUAAGAACCAACGCUAUUAAAAAUUGUCACAGUUAUUUUUAUAACAGUUUAAAUUUUGAGUGA